AUGGAGGUACCAAAACUAAAGCCAUGUACUCGCUCUAAAAGUCCAAGCAUCAUUUCAGUCUCAGAAACCCUACCAUGCCUGAAUAGCUCAAUGGAGAUUCAAAAAGUACAGGGUAAACAAAUGGAAAAACAAGAUCAAAAGCAAGAAGUAGAGAAGAACCCUGAUUUUAUAUUGGAUUUAAACCUCUGUAGCAAGGAUUCAGAUCAAGACAUCAAGCCAGAACUCAAUCUCAUUGAUUGUUUUCGCAUGAGUUCAUCAAGAAAUUCACUAGAGACUCCUCAAGGUAAUAAAGGUGAGCCACCACAAGUCUUCCCAUGCAACUACUGCCAAAGAAAAUUCUACAGUUCACAGGCCCUUGGAGGCCAUCAAAAUGCACACAAACGAGAGCGGACAAUAGCAAAACGAGGGCAGCAGGUGGGUGGCGCCGCCCCAGCGACAGCGUUUGGCCAUGGCUCACACUCCCACCGUUACUCAAGCAUGGCUGCUCUUCCUCUACAUGGUUCCUUCAACAGGUCUCUUGGCAUUCAGGUCCACUCUAUGAUCCAUAAGCCAACUUUCUUAGCAUCCACUUCUGGUUUUUCUCCCAUGUAUGGACAUAAUGGGUGGUCUAGAAAGCCUAUUGAUCAGCAACCGGCGAUCGGGCGGCUUGCACCGGGGAAUUAUCAGUUUGGGGCAUCUGUAGGAUCGUCAUCAGGUGGUGGCGCUGCUAGAUUCGAUGGCUUUCACAAGUUUUCUCCGGUACCAAAACUAAAGCCAUGUACUCGCUCUAAAAGUCCAAGCAUCAUUUCAGUCUCAGAAACCCUACCAUGCCUGAAUAGCUCAAUGGAGAUUCAAAAAGUACAGGGUAAACAAAUGGAAAAACAAGAUCAAAAGCAAGAAGUAGAGAAGAACCCUGAUUUUAUAUUGGAUUUAAACCUCUGUAGCAAGGAUUCAGAUCAAGACAUCAAGCCAGAACUCAAUCUCAUUGAUUGUUUUCGCAUGAGUUCAUCAAGAAAUUCACUAGAGACUCCUCAAGGUAAUAAAGGUGAGCCACCACAAGUCUUCCCAUGCAACUACUGCCAAAGAAAAUUCUACAGUUCACAGGCCCUUGGAGGCCAUCAAAAUGCACACAAACGAGAGCGGACAAUAGCAAAACGAGGGCAGCAGGUGGGUGGCGCCGCCCCAGCGACAGCGUUUGGCCAUGGCUCACACUCCCACCGUUACUCAAGCAUGGCUGCUCUUCCUCUACAUGGUUCCUUCAACAGGUCUCUUGGCAUUCAGGUCCACUCUAUGAUCCAUAAGCCAACUUUCUUAGCAUCCACUUCUGGUUUUUCUCCCAUGUAUGGACAUAAUGGGUGGUCUAGAAAGCCUAUUGAUCAGCAACCGGCGAUCGGGCGGCUUGCACCGGGGAAUUAUCAGUUUGGGGCAUCUGUAGGAUCGUCAUCAGGUGGUGGCGCUGCUAGAUUCGAUGGCUUUCACAAGUUUUCUCCGGUAGGCGAUGGAGUUAAAGAACUUAAAGGAUAUAGGCUCGAUAGUGGUAACCCUUUGAAGACUAAUCAAGAUGAGUUACAGAAGCUAGACUUGUCCCUCAAACUCUAA